ACGGACAAUACCAGCGCAAGCGCCUGAAUAACAUUUCAACACACACGUGAUGUAUUUCACAAUAACUGUACUAAUAUAGAUCAAUUUCAUUCGUAGGAUCAAUCAAUCCCGGAUGCGAUGUUCCACCGUAAAUCGUGUGCAGUCUUGAAAUUUGAUGCGUGUCGAUGUGUCGCUCCAUAUGCUGCCGUCACUUUUUUGGAUUUGCAAAUACAUUUCUAUGGAUGGAAUAAAUUAUGCUUAUGCUAUGCAAUUCGUUUUCUUCAGAACGUAAGAUUUACCUCUGAAGAUCGCCGGUUGGUGUUUUUUUCAAGUUGAUGACCUGAAAAGAUAUCACAUGUUUACGUAACAAAUACAAGGGGACAAUCGGAUGAUCAGGGUCUACCUGGAAGAGUUUGUAAGUCUACUGCUUAUCAGUGUGAUUACCGGUAAAUCAUUCGAAACUUCGCUAAACGUCGCCGGUCAUCUGCGGUGUUCGCCGUCCUUACCGAUGGACACGCAUUCAUCACUGACCCGGGACUGACCCCCCAUCGGUGAAGGCAUGGGUUUCUCCAUCAGCUCUCUCUCGCGGACGGAGAUCCGUAGCGUGAAGCCGCCUGCUACUACACAGCCGACCCGUCGCUACCAGCCCGCGCCCAACUAUAACUACAAGUGGACAGAGGUGCACUACGAGGCCAGCCGCGGAAACCUGGAAAAGCUACGCACGCUGCUGCGCACCGUGGACAAAGAGCAGAUUGAUAGGAAAGACUACUAUGGGAAGACGCCUCUCUAUUGGGCGGCUUACAAAGGUCAGAGGUCAUCCAUGGAGCUGCUGCUGAAGCAUGGUGCUGAUGUGAACGCACAGUGCAAACACGGGGGCACGCCGUUACACGCUGCGGUUGGGCUCUUCCCUGAGUGUGCACUGGUCCUCAUACAGCAUGGGGCAGAUGUGGAUCUCCCAGACAUCUGGGGGGUCACUCCCAUGUACCUGGCAGCCUGCAGCGGACAGAUCGAAUGCAUUCACCUCCUGGUUCAGGCAGGGGCCAAGAUAAACUACAAGAACAAGAAGACAGGCGAGGCUCCGAAGCAACUGUCGUCCAGGCCGGCGUUGCUGGCAUGGCUGGAGAGGCUGGUGCGGGAGCCACACUCCCUCAAGCACCAGUGCCGCCGCGUGGUCCGUCAUGCCCUGGGCCCCGCCCGUAUCCCCGCCCUGUGCACCCUCCACAUCCCGCUCUCGCUCAGGGACUACCUGAUGUUCCAGGAUCUGCACAUCCCAGACACAAUGGGGCAGGUUGCAGGAGAGCACAGGACCGUGGACCAGAAGGAACUGACUGUUCCUUGAGCACAGGUGAUGUGGGAUGGAUUUACUGGUGCGCCUCUCUCACUGGGACA